ACUGAUUUAUUUGAAAUGAUUGAGAGAAUGCAGAGCAACAGAAUGGAUGAGCAGCGGUGCCCUCUUCCUCCUCCUCUCAAAACUGAGGAGGACUACAUCCCGUACCCCAGUGUCCAUGAGGUUCUUGGCAGAAAAAGCCCAUUUCCCCUGAUUCUGCUACCCCAGUUUGGAGGUUACUGGAUUGAAGGGACCAAUCACGAGCUGAGCAAUGGGAAUGAUGUGGAGCAGCUCCUCUCUCCCACCGCCCGUAUCAAACUGGAAUGCAACACAACCGCAAAGAUCUAUAGGAAGCAUUUUCUGGGCAAGGAACACUUUAAUUACUACACAGUGGACAGCACCCUAGGCCACCUGGUCUUCUCAGUGAAAUAUGACGUGAUUGGGGACCAGGAGCACCUCCGUCUGCUUCUUAGGACCAAAUUGAAAACGUAUCAUGACGUGAUUCCAAUAUCCUGUCUUACUGAGUUCCCCAACGUUGUCCAAAUGGCCAAGCUCGUCUGUGAAGAGGUGAAUGUGGAUCGUUUUUACCCAGUACUUUACCCAAAGGCCUCAAGACUCAUUGUCACUUUUGAUGAACAUGUUAUCAGCAACAACUUCAAGUUUGGAGUCAUUUAUCAGAGGUUUGGACAGACUUCAGAGGAAGAACUCUUUGGAAACAAUGAAGAAAGCCCAGCUUUUGUGGAGUUCUUGGAGUUUCUUGGUCAGAAAAUUGAACUUCAUGAUUUCAAAGGUUUCCGGGGUGGGCUGGAUGUGACGCACGGACAGACCGGCACAGAGUCCGUCUAUCACAACUUCCACAAUAAGGAGAUCAUGUUCCACGUCUCCACAAAGCUGCCUUACACUGAAGGAGACACACAGCAGCUGCAGAGAAAGAGACACAUAGGAAACGACAUUGUGGCUAUCGUGUUUCAGGAUGAAAACACUCCCUUUGUGCCAGAUAUGAUUGCGUCCAACUUCCUGCAUGCCUAUGUCGUGGUGCAAGUAGAGAAUGCUUGUUCUGACAAUGUCUUGUACAAGGUGUCAGUGACAGCUCGAGAUGAUGUCCCCUUUUUUGGACCAGCCCUGCCAGACCCUGCUGUUUUUAGAAAAGGACCAGAGUUUCAUGAGUUUCUGCUCACUAAACUCAUCAAUGCAGAGUAUGCCUGCUACAAAGCUGAGAAGUUUGCUAAACUAGAGGAGCGCACACGGACCGCUCUGCUGGAGACGCUGUACGAGGAGCUGCACAUUAACAGCCAGGCUAUGAUGGGCCUCGGAGGCGAUGAAGACAAGUUGGAGAAUGGGAGUGGAGGAGGAGGGGGCUUCUUUGAGUCUUUCAAGCGGGUGAUCCGUAGCAGAAGCCAGUCUAUGGAUGCCAUGGGCCUCCUUAGCAAGAAGCCAAUCACAGUCUCCACUAGUCACAGCGGCAGCUUUACCCACAACCACAAUCCACCAGAGACCCCCAAACUCCCUGGGCUAUCAUUGCUUGUCCCAGGGAAAAGUCCCAGUAAAUACGGACGUCGCGGCAGUGCCAUAGGGAUAGGAACGAUAGAAGAGUCUUUAAUCAUCCCCGGGAAGAGCCCAACUCGGAAGAAGUCUGGUCCGUUCAGCUCCAGACGUAGCAGUGCCAUCGGCAUUGAGAAUAUCCAAGAGGUUCAGGAGAAGAGGAUUGAUGCUCUUUUGUCCGAGGACAGAACAGUACUCUGUGUGUCUCUGCCCAGCGUCAGUCUCAAGAGUGGGAGGCUCAGCGUGGACUCCUCCAACAGCAGGGAAUGUUCCCCCAGCACACAAAAGACACCAGACAGUGGGCAUGCCUCCCAGGAUCCCAAGUCUGAAAAUUCAUCCAAUCAGAGCUCACCUGAGGUUCUCAUCACAAAAAACAGUUCGGCUAUGUGUUGCAGGGCUCCUUCCAUUCCAGAAGCUCAUGACUUGUCCCGCUCCUCCUCCAACGCCAGUAGCUUUGCCAGUGUGGUGGAGGAAAAUGAGACAGAGGCUACUGAAGAUUAUGACACUGGCAUGGAGAGUCUAUCGUCUGCUGGGACGCCACACAAGCGGGACUCGUUUACCUAUAGUACGUGGCUGGAAGACAGCAUGAGCAGUGUAAGCACGGCCAGCAGGGGGAGCUCUCCAGGCAGAAACCUGCAAACUGAUGGCGGAAAAGGACACGAUCAAAGCCGCACAGAUAUACGCAUCAAACUGGAGCGGCCGCAUGAUCACAAAUCGUCAUCGCAUUCCCAUAAGAAACACCCCCUCAGAGAGAUGAGGCGAGCCCGGGUUUUUGCUGUGACCACUGACGAUGAUGAGGAUGACUCCAGUCAGACCCCAGAUUGCUCCAAUUACAGCUCCCAGUUUUCCAUGUUUAACAAGCUGAAGUAA